CUGUUGUCAAGCAAACCUGACGCGUUCUCCAUGGUUUCCGCGAACUGCGCAGGCGCAGUAAAUAUUUUCCAACAUGGCGUCUCCUCAGAAGUAGCGGUACAUUUUUGGACGUUCAAACACCGAAAAACGAGAGAAAAAAGGGUUAAAAAAUGCACAGCGAGAAGAAAAUAACCAAAGAAGACACGUGGAGACCUGCUGAUUUAAGGAGACACAUCAGGGAGACUAGUGACCCCAGAGACCAAGAGGAUCGCUAUGUCAAAAGGAAAGAGGACAGUGAGAGGAAGCGACGCGGUGGAGAGUCCACAGAGAGGCGUCACAGAGACUCAGAGGAGUCCAGGCAGGAGAGACACCUGACCAGGGAAAGGGAGAGGCAUGCUGAACAAAGAAAGGAGAGCUCACGACACAGAGAGGGAGACAGAGGAGAAGAGAAAGACAGAGAGAAGAGGAGACAGACAGACAGGGAACGAAGGCACAGGGAUUGGGAGAAAGAGAAAGUUAGGGACAGAGAUGAGGACAGGGAGAAGAAAAGGCAAGACGGAGACAAUGACAGAAAACGGGAGGAACGAGACAGAGAGAAAAAGAAGGAGAGAAGACGAUACGAGGAAAGUGGGGAGAGGAAAAGGGAUCACACCGAUAACCAACGCAGAGAGGAGAGGGACGGUCGCCACAGAAAUGACCACGAAGGCAAGACGAAACAUAGAGACAGUCAAGAGAGACACGAAGGCCGAAGACAUUCAGAAAGAAAAGAAGAAAGAGAAUAUAAGGAGGAACACAGAAAACACAGAGAGGAAAGAGCGUAUAAAGAGGAACACAGAAAGCGUAAAGAGGAGCGAGAAAGGAAGCACAGAGAGGUAGAAUAUGAUGACGAGAAACGAAAUGAAAAUGAGUCUAAGGAACAUCGGGAGGUCAAGUUUUCCCAAAGUGACAGAGGAGAAAGAGAGAAACACAAGGAGAAAAGAGGGAAAAAUGAAGAGGAAGAGGGGAGAAAACACAAAGAAAGAAGACACAGGGAUAAAGAAAAUGUUUACACAGACACAUCCAAGAAAUCCUCAUCGGACAAACGUGUAAAGAAAACAACAGACCCAGAGGAAGACAACAUGCUGACUGAUCAGUGGGCUGAAGAAGUAAAAGAAGAAGACGACGCAAAAGAGCCUGAGGCUUUGGCAGAAGAAUACUAUGAAGAGGAUUUUGAGAAACUGGAUUACGAGGAGGAUUUUGAUGAGAGUGCAGAUGAACACGAGGAGGAGAAGGAACCACCGGAACCAGAAGAAAGAGAAGAGUUAACGCUGCAAGAACGAAAAGAAAUGGAGGCGAUUCAGAGAGCCAUGGCCGAAGAGAACAAGAGAGCUGGAACCGCUCAGUCUAGACAAACUGAGAGCAAAGAGCCUGAAGACAAGCCAAAGUGGAACAAAGACUCUGAAGAGAACCGGAUGAAAGCAUCCCAACGCGGAAAAUUCAUCGACUUUGUGGCUGCAAAGCGGCGUGAAGUGAGCAAGAAAGAUACGGUUAAACAAAUCAAACGCAGCACAGACUUGCUCCGCCUCAUUGAUCUGGAUUUCUCCGUGACCGUCUCCCUCUUGGACCUUCCGCCCGUCAGUGAAUACGAGCUUUACAUCAGAAACUUUGGAAAUGCAAACACCAAACAGGCGUACACUCAAUGCAAUGAAGACGAUGCGGAGCGAGACAUCCAGACGGAGGACAUAGAGACGUGUGAGAAGUGGACGCAGCAUCCAUCGCAGCACAGUGGAGCCUGUGGAGAUCCAAACAUCACUCAAGGAGCUCAAGAAAGAACUAAGAGUGAUUUAAAUUUUGAUUCUCAGCGUCUGACGUCAUUUCUGCAAUCAGCCUCACAGGUCAUGCUCGUCCUGUUGGAAGAGGAUCAAGCCGAGAGGAAGUCCCAAAUGAAGCUAAAAACUCAACCAGACUCGUCGUCGUUCAGUGAUGGAAGCCUGCAGAUCAACACCAAGUUGCCUUUUCUUUAUGGCCGACAAGUUAGCAUGGUGCACUUUUCUCAAGUUCAGAGACACACCAUGCUGUCAGUCCACAUGCCCAUAGCGAAACCAAGCGCCGUGCGUCUGGACGCCAACACCAUCAUCUGCAUCUGGAACAUCUGGGAGCCGUCCAGACCUCAGAAGAUUCUGCUCUACGAAGCUGAGGUGGAGUGUUGCUGCUUUAGUCCUGGAAAGGCCAUCCUGGUGUUCGCAGGGACGUCAGUCGGCUCCGUGGUGUUGUGGGACCUGAGGGAGCACGCCAGUAAUCAUUACAGCUUAAAGAUAGGAGACAAUGAGUGGACCAUCAGGCAGCCCACCUUCUCCACUGAUGCAGUCAUGGGCGGGACAGGUCACCUCUCACCUGUGACCUCUGUUGAGGUUGUUCCCUCCAUUGUGGCUGGAGCAGCGUCUUUUUUAUCACCUGAUGAUGAAUCUUCAGGAUUGACAUUCCAACUUGCCUCUUUGGAUGAAAGUGGGGUGUUAAAUUUCUGGGUGGUGAUGGAGCUCCCUAAAGGCAGUGAAGCUGGCUCUCCAACAGAUCUAGGUCUCCGGCCUGGGGGCAAAGUAAAGCUGCUUCACAGCUCAGCCAUCCAGACUUCUAAGAGGUCAUCGCAGCACAAUGCCGUAAAAAGAGAACCCCUACAGGCACUUCUCCUAAAAUUCCUCCCAACAGACUCCAAUCACUUCUUUCUUGGCACAAAUCUGGGUCUGGUCAGCCAUGGAACAAGUUAUGGUUUGAAGGCGUUACCAAAGUUUUACAGGUUUCAGGAGGUUGAAGAGCGACCCGUUGAUGUCUGCUCCAUCCACUUCUCACCCUUCAGACCCAACUGUUUCCUGGUGGGUUGUGGUGACGGCAGCAUUAGGAUGCACACCGUCAGGCGGGAGCAUCCCGCCGCGGAGUGGAGCGCCAGCACAGCCGGAGAACGGGUGGUGUCGGUGCAGUGGGCUCAGACCAGACCCACAGUGUUCUGCGUUCUGGAUGCGGCGUCAAACCUUCACGUUUGGGAUCUACUGAAAAACGAGGCGCAGCCUGUGAUCACAGAGAGAAUGACUGAUGAUCGGGUGACAGCUGUGUCCGUGUUCGGCGACUCGGGUCAGCAGAACAUAUAUUCAGGAAUAGCUUUAGCGCGCGAGUCAGGAAAAAUAGAGCUGCUGUAUUUUAGAAGAAGUUUAACCGAGCCCCGCUCUGGAGAGGAGGAAAAGCUGGAUAGUUUGAUGAAUGACGCCGUUUAAAGUCUUUUGAAGCUGCUUUUCUGCAGCAGUUUCACACCAGAUGAGAAUUGUAUUUAUAGAAGAGAUGUUUAUAUUUCUUAACCUAACGACACGUGAAGAAAACUGAACAGUAAUGAACCUUUUUUUAUGACACUUUAUAUAGGAUCAUAGCACAUAAAAUAUAAAAAUAAUCACAUGUACAAAUGUUUAUCAAAAUAUUUUUACUUUUAUAAUGAUGUAUUUAUGUAACAGUUAUUUUGUUCUGUAGUUUAUUGGUAAUUUACUUUUAUUUUAUUGUAUAAAGUUAUAAAUAAGGUUG